AUGCCAGGCAACGCAUCGCUCCUGUUUGCGCCAAAUGCCGACUCCUCCUCCCCUUACCGGCAACUUUCAUCCCAACUACCAAGAUCAAGGCAUGUUUCAUCAUACACAUUGACUCUGAGAAAUUUGACUGAUUGCGCAUUAGAUUCCGUCGAUAACAAUCCUCCAUCACCAGUUCGCCACGAAGAAUCCUCUCUCGAUCCCGACGACAACGAUGGACCCCCGGCAAAGAGGCGGAAGGUUGCAGAUGCUGACCAUAAAUCCUCACCGCGUCUCAUUUCUCCUCCGUGGAAACGGAUCGCGGCAGAAGGCCCGACAUCUUUCGUGGAAAAUGGACGACGAAAAUCUGGAAGAACAAACAUCAUACCCCUCGAUCUGCAGCCACAGUCAAAUAAGAGGCAGACACGCGCCGCUUUCGAUAAGGCGAAAGAGCAACAUGAAAAGCAUGCGAAGCCAAUCUACAACAUGUCGGCUAGAAAGUCAAAGGUUGAGGUGCAUGUACCGCCACCGUCUUUCAAACGUGGCCCUGGUCGCCCUCCCAAAAAUCGUGAUCAUGAUCUGUUGCCGGCUGUCAAAUCCGAGGAGGUACCGAAGCAGUUGAGAGAAUCGAGUAUCCGCUCCAAAUCAGCCCAUCCAGCGCAAUCUAAGUCUCUCCGCCGCUCAGCUGGUGCCUCAUCUCGUCGUCACCAUACAAAUUCACCCGGGGUCAAUGGUGUUAGUCACGAAGAUAAACCCUACGCGAACGGUAUAGCCAAGUCUGAAUUAGAGGACGAUUCCGACAACUCCAACACUUCUAGUGGAUCAGAACUUGGGAGACAUCCAAGUCCACCACUGACCUUACAAAAAGUGACCUUCCGCGUCCGUCUCCCAAAGCCCUCCGUCGCGAGUCCUGCCAACAUACCCCAGCCCAAAAAAUUUGCAUCUUUUGAAGAGUUCCUCGAAAAGGAUGAGACGGAACCGAGAGCUGGGGAGGACACCCUGACGCCCGAUCAAAUCAAAACGGAAGCUAUGGCUCGGCGGCGGGUGAGACAGGCUCAGAAGCGGGGAGGAACUCUAGACAAAAAGAUUCUUGAUACACUACCUGACAAGCAAGCUGAACCAAGGAGACAAUUUGCCCACCUGGACCAUCUCCUUGCACACGUCUCUCACUUCAGAAAUCUUCUUAGAGCGGAACACAGAGACCAUAAGAAAAAGGCUGAGGUGCUUGCCCACGAGGCCAAAAGAUAUGUUGAAGAGAAACAGAAGCGCAACAAAGUCAAAUCUCCAGAAGAAAUCGAACAGGAGAAGCGGGAGGCGGUCAAAGCCACUUAUCGAGCCGUUGUGAAAGACAUUGACAAAUUAUGGACUGCCGUCAAGGUGGAAGUUGAGGCUAUUCGACAGAGAGAAUACGAAGAAGAGCAGCAAGCCAAGAUGAAGGGUCACCUUGCUCGCGUGUUGGACCGAACGGAUCAAAUGCUGAGCCGGGUUGCCGAACAGGACGAAUCCCUUAUGGACAGUGAAUCAGACGUUUCGCCCAACGAAGCUACUGAAACGGAAUCUGAAAAUAGUGAGCAGAUGUCCGAGAGCGAGACAGAAUCAGAUUCUGAAGGCGCUUCUGACAAUCUUGAUGCGGAGAUGUCUCUCGAAGAGCUGAAGCGAAAAUAUCGAAAUCUACCGGACUUGCUCACAGACAACGAUAAUAUUCAAGAGACUCCUGCUCCGGAGGAGGAUGAUGAGGCUACUCCUGAUCACUUCGAAGAAGAUUCAGAUCCUGAAACUGAAAUGGACAGCGAGUUUGAUACUGAUGGCUCUGACGAUGGAGAAAGCAGUGAAGAUAAUGCACGAGGCGGUCUUUUGUCGUUAUUUUCCCAAAAAGAGAUUGCGGAAAUGGCCCCUGCCCAAGAUGAUGAAAGUGCUUCAGAGAAGGAUGGAUCCGAAUCACACGAUUCCCCGUUAGUGGAAGUGUUGGAAGAUCAUGACAUGCUAGAUGUCGAGCCAUCUGAAGAGAGUAAAAAGCCGGAUCAGGAGAUCGGCGAACAUGCAGAAUCAGAUCAGGGACAGGAGACCGCGGAGACAGACAUGGCGGAGCGGGCAGCUCCUGUUCAUUUACAGAUAGCUCGUCUUGCGUCCGAAGAUCCAGCGAGCCAGGAACCCAGUGCACAAACGUCGCCUCAUACGACGGCCACCAAGGUGUCCGAGCCUGAAUCUGUUUCUUCCAUUGAUCCUCACGCCGAUUCCGCCCUGCCAAUCACGCCUUCUGAGACAAAGCAUUCGACCAUCAAAACGCCAGUUCCGAGUCUGUUGCGGGGUACUCUUCGGGAGUAUCAACACGAGGGCCUCGAUUGGCUUGCGGACCUCUACGCCCAUGGGAGAAGUGGAAUUCUCGCUGAUGAAAUGGGUUUGGGAAAGACCAUUCAAAGCAUUUCGCUCUUGGCUCACCUUGCUGAAGUCCAUGAAGUAUGGGGUCCGCAUCUCAUUGUCGUACCAACAAGCGUUAUGUUGAACUGGGAAAUGGAGUUCAAAAAGUUUUUGCCUGGUUUCAAAAUCUUGACGUACUACGGCAAUCUCGAAGAGAGAAAACAGAAGAGAAGAGGAUGGAUGGCCGAUGACAGCUUCAACGUUUGCAUCACCUCCUACCAACUGGUAUUGCAAGACGCCAAUUCUUUCAAGAGACGGAGGUGGCAUUAUAUGAUACUUGACGAAGCCCACAACAUCAAGAACUUUCGCUCGGAAAGAUGGCAGACCAUGAUGACUUUCAACACCAGGGCUCGACUGCUCCUCACGGGAACGCCCCUUCAGAACAAUCUGACGGAACUGUGGUCCUUGCUAUUUUUCCUACACUAUGGUCAGGAAAACGAAGGCGAGGACGAUGCGUUUGCAGGUCUGAAAGAAUGGUCAGAAUGGUUCAAGCGGCCUGUGGAGUCGAUUCUGGAGCAUGGCCGUCAGGUGCUGGACGAGGAAGAUAAGGAACAGGUUGCGAAACUGCACAAGGUCAUCCGGCCAUUCCUCCUUCGCCGGCUGAAAGCGGAUGUCGAGAAACAAAUGCCACUCAAGUACGAACACGUUGAAAUGUGCCGAUUAUCCAAGCGACAGCGUCAAUUAUACGAUGGAUUUAUGUCCAGGGCGCAGACAAAAGAAACACUCGCUUCCGGCAAUUACCUGUCCAUCAUCAAUGCCCUGAUGCAGCUUCGCAAAGUCUGCAAUCACCCAGACCUCUUUGAAACACGGCCUAUCAACACUUCGUUCGCCAUGCCCAAGUCUGUGGCUGCCGAGUUCGAGAUAAAGGAUCUCCUGAUACGUCGACGACUGAUGCUGGAUGCCUCAAACGAUCUAGACCUGAAUUUCUUGCAACUCGCCCCAAUUUCGGAUGAACGCAUGUCAAUGAUUGAAGUGAUCGAAACGACCAAACGACAUGCAUACCACCGGUUCAGAUCCCUUCGUGAGUCGCAGUCGCGUAGGAUGUCUCGCGAUUCGAGGUGGCAUGGCGAGAACCGCGUAGGUGUUCUUGGGUCGCUGGAGAAUGUUGGGAGAAGGUCCAGAAUCCAAGAGCUGGAUCGAACCAUGUAUUAUGAAGCCUACCGACACCAUCGGCAUCCGAUCUACGGUCAAGGCUUGAUUGAAAGGCUGACCAUAAAUCCGACCAACGCCCAAUUAUCAAGACUCUCUCCCCAUAAGGCCAUGGGAAAGUGGUGGGAUAAGGAGAUGCCAAUACAGUCAUUGAAUCUUGUGCAUUCCAUCCAGUCAAGGUCUGAACAGAUGGAGCCCUUCGUUCAGCAAUACGGGUGCGUCACUCCCGCCGUUGUGGCUACCGAUCUAAACCUCUCAACCGUGACGGAAGCGGGGGCCGUUGCGAUCAGAGAAGCAUACCCGUCUAACGGUCCUGACCCAUUUCAUCGAGCCCGGAUGAAGUUAUCUAUUGCUUUUCCUGACAAGCGCCUUUUACAAUACGACUGCGGCAAAUUGCAGCGACUGGACAAGCUCCUGCGUCAGUUGCAAGCUGGUGGCCACAGAGCACUUAUUUUCACCCAGAUGACGAAAGUCCUGGACAUUUUGGAGCAAUUCCUAAAUAUUCAUGGCCAUCGGUAUCUGAGAUUGGAUGGUGCCACCAAGAUUGAACAGCGCCAGAUUUUGACGGAUCGAUUCAACAAUGACACUCGCAUUCUAGCGUUCAUCCUUUCGUCCAGAUCCGGUGGACUGGGCAUCAACUUGACAGGUGCUGACACCGUUAUCUUCUAUGACCUCGACUGGAAUCCCGCCAUGGACAAGCAAUGCACCGACCGAGCGCAUCGAAUUGGGCAGACUCGGGACGUCCACAUCUACCGAUUUGUAUCCGAGCAUACUAUCGAGUCAAAUAUCCUCCGGAAGGCCAAUCAGAAGCAAAUGCUUGACGAUGUGGUAAUCCAAGAAGGUGACUUCACGACGGACUAUAUGAACAAGCUCACUUACCGGGAUCUGCUUGACGACACGGCGGAGGAAGACGCCGCAGGUCUUGCCAUGGACCGAGUUCUUGGGAAUGAUAAAGGCAACCUGGCCGUCCUAGAGCAGGCGGAAGAUCAAGAAGAUCGAGCUGCAGCCAAAGUUGCCGCCCGAGAAGUUCAACACGCCGAUGAUGGGGACUUUGAGGACAAGACAGCCAGUACAACACCACAAACCGACGAAGCACAGACUCCUGGGCCAUUAGCCGCCACGGAGACGGCACCGGCCGAGGCCGAGGCGGACGGAGAAACUUUCCACCACAUUGACGAAUACUUGAUCCAGUUGCAAUCCUAUCUGAUGCGGGAUAUCCCACUGGGACCCGGUAAGGGGAAACGAAAGAAAGGAAGGAGAAGGCGAGAUGAGCAUCGAGUCAGGAGAACAAGAUGA